UUGAUAUUGUAAUUAAAUAUAAUAAACACUGAAUGCACUUCACUUUAUCAAUUAAAUACUAACGAACUGUGCUAUAAUUGAUGAUAUCUUUAUGCUUCUGGUUUGUUUUAAUCAAAUAGUUGUUGGCAGUUGUUAAAUAUUAGUCAAACGUAAAUAAUGUCGAUACAAAAAAAUGAAAUUGAUGAUGUUAAUCCAAACAAAAACCUCCAAAUUCCCGAAUGGAUCAAUGCAAACUACUUUCAAGGUAUUCUCGCAAAAGAUUAUCCCGAUUUUGAGAGAAUAGUAAAGUUUAUCACUAACGCUGCAACUGGACCUGGAGAAAAUUUUACAACUAUUAUGGUUCGAGUUAUAAUCGAUUUACAACUAAAAAACUCAAAAAGCCUAACAACCUCUUACAUUCUUAAAACAUCUCUUAUUAAUUCUGGGGCUUCGGAACUUUUUAUCAACAUGAAUAUUUUCCCCAAAGAAAUGGAAAUAUAUCAAAGUAUUUUACCGAAAUUCGAAAAACUCUACAAGGAAUCAUCCAGGAAAAUUGUAAAAUUUGGACCUGAAUGCAAAUUUAUCGAAGACUUUGCUGAGAGGACCAGUAUUGUUAUGGAAGAUCUAAGGCGAAAAAAAUUCAAAAACAUUAAUCGUUGUCUUGGUCUUGAUUUGUAUCACAUGGAAGAAGUUCUCAAGAAAUUAGCUCAAUUCCAUGCAGCUUCAGCUGUAAGUUUCGAACGUUUUGGUCCGUUUUCCGAACAUUUCAGUCAGUCAUUCUUUGACGAAAACAAUAGGGCCUUUUUUGAAGAACGCGGUAAAGCUCAAAGGAAGAUAUUCUUGGAUGUAAUGAAGAAGUGGGGAGGUUGUGAAAGAUAUAUGGAAAUAUGGCCAAAUUAUGAAAACAUCCUACAAUGGUUUAUUGAACAGGAAAAACCCGCCCCCAAUGAGUUUGCCGUCCUCAAUCAUGGAGAUUGUUGGUCAAAUAACAUUAUGUUUCAGUACGAUGCCAAUGCUAAAAUAAAAGAAACUUAUUUUGUGGAUUUUCAAAUGUGCAAAUGGGGCACCCCAGCUCAGGAUCUUUAUUACUUGAUAACAUCAUCGGCAGCUUAUGACGUCAAAGUGGCUGAAUUUGACAAACUUAUUAGAAUUUAUCAUGAGAAUUUGGCUGCUAAUUUGAAGAUUUUAAAGUACUCUAAAUCAAUUCCAACAUUGAAAGAUAUUCAUAUGAUAAUGAUAAAAUAUUCUUUAUGGGGCUUUUUUACGGCUAUCAAUACUAUGAUUGUGAUUCUUUUGGAUCCAAACGAAAACGCCAAUAUUGAUAGUUACAUGAAUGACGAAGAAUUUCGAGCCAGGAGUUUGAUGAAUCCUCGAUACAUUAAAGCGAUGAAGCAGUUGCUUCCAUGGUGGGAGAAUCGUGGAGUAUUUUCUAUUUAGCUCGAAAUUAUAUCAAUGGUGUAAAUAAGUAUUUUUUUAGUACAAUAGAAAAUUAUGUUUCCUUAACCUUAUAUGUAUUCCUAUACCUAAAACGAGCAAGACAUUUGUGAGUCACUAUUAUCAUUUGUAUAUGUUUUAGUUUUCUGUGGAUUUAUUUAUAUUACAUAUAAUACAUAUAAAUAAAAUAUGAUUCAAUACAAAUAUACAUGCAAUACA